UCAAACGACGCAUGGUUUGUUUUGUUUACAAACUAUUUUUAAAAGUGUUUUACUCAGAAAAUCAAAAUGAGUUUUAGAAAUUAUAAAGAUAAAAUUGACGAAGGUGAUACAGUAAUCUUGUAUCUUAGCAAUAAUUUAUACGCUAUUGAUGUACGACCUGAAAUCAAGAGUAAAAAAGGUGAUUUGGUGGAAAAUGUAUUUCAAACACCUUUUGGUGCAUUGAAGGUUAGAAAUCUAAUUGGAACAGAGUACGGGAGUAAAGUGGAACUAUCGAAAGGAUGGGGGCAUGUACUGCAACCUACGCCUGAACUCUGGUCAUUGACUCUGCCACAUAGAACACAAAUUAUCUACACACCAGACAUCAGUAUGAUACUACUGCAGUUAGAUUUAGUGCCCGGAUCUGUUGUUAUUGAAGCUGGAACUGGUAGUGGUUCUUUGACACAUGCUCUCAUACGCAGAGUUAGACCACAUGGUCAUGUCUUCACAUUUGACUUCCAUGAGCACAGAGCAAAUGUAGCGAGGAAAGAAUUUGAGGAGCAUGGCCUCUCCGAUUUUGUGACUGCGCAACACAGAGAUGUACUUGAAGAAGGAUUUGGAGAAAAUCUUAAAGGAAAAGCUGAUGCGGUAUUUCUUGACCUGCCUAGCCCUUGGAUUGGCGUCCCUCACGUGCUCGAUGCUCUGAAAGCUAAAGGUGGUCGAUUCUGCUCGUUCUCGCCGUGCAUAGAGCAAGUGCAGAGGACGUGUCUAGCUCUAGAGCGGCAGGGCUUCCAAGAGUUGACGACCAUGGAAGUGCUGCAGAGUGAACUCAAGGUCACCAGGAGAACAGUACCAGUUAGGGACCUAUCGUUUCUGAAACACAAGAGCUCCGAAAGUCCCGUGGAGGAGAAGCCAAGCAGCGAGACUAGUUAUGUGGUGGGCGCGUGGCCGACCAGCACCCCAGGGCACACCGGCUACCUUACCGUCGCCACAUUACCCCCCGUGUUCGCCAGAAAAAAAACACAAGAAACAGAACAAAAUAAUCAAUGUGCAGAUAUCGAUCCGUCUGGAAACGGAAGCGCAAUGGCUGUUGAAGAAACUGGAUAAUAAUUUAUUAUCUAAUAAAAAAAUUAUAAAAUU